GUAUUAGGAAUGAACUCUUGACUGUGAGUUGCAGAGAAAGAAAAAGGUGAAACAAAAAAAUUACCAGGCUUGGAAAAGGAGGGAACUUGGUGGGGCCAUGGUUUGAUAGAGGAGAAAGCCGCAAAAGAGUAUUAUAUAAAUGAGUGUUACCACCUUCUCCACUCCAUUAACACUUCACUUUCACAUUCUCAAACACGCUUCACCAACAAGUUUCAACCACCAAUCACCAUCAUGGCUAGACCCCAACAACGCUAUCGUGGUGUCCGCCAGAGGCACUGGGGCUCCUGGGUCUCCGAAAUUCGCCACCCUCUUUUGAAGACCAGAAUAUGGCUGGGAACGUUUGAAACAGCGGAAGAUGCUGCCAGAGCGUACGAUGAAGCGGCGAGGUUAAUGUGCGGGCCAAAAGCGCGCACCAAUUUCGCUUACAAUCCGAACGACCCACAAUUAUCUUCGUCGAAGCUUCUUUCUGCUACUCUGACAGCGAAGCUACACAAGUGUCACAUGGCGUCUCUUUCGCUCCAAAUGAACAAGCAGAAGGGAUCUCAGAAAGAGGGUGAAGAAGGGUCGUCAAAUUCAGGCAAUGCCGUUGCGGGAACGAGCGUGGACACAAAAAGUUUCCGAUGGGCAGAGAAGAGACACGAGGAAGUGCAGUGGGUAGAAGAGUACCAUGUUGAAGUGGGAGAAGGAGAAGCAGAACAGCAGCAACAGUUUCAGCCAGUUCUUGAAGAUGAUCACAUUGAACAGAUGAUUCAGGAGCUUCUUGAUUAUGGGUCAAUGGAGUUUAGUUGUGUUGACUCGGUCUAAAAACGAAGCAAAUUUACAAGCAUUCUCCUCCGUAUGGUACUAUUUACUAAUGCCCCCAUGUAAUAAAAAAUAGCGAGCUUUAGACUUUAGUACCAUAGUUUUCACCAUGAGUUUCAAUCACUCCUCAUUUUAAUGGUCAAGCAUGUGGAACUAGAAUGUAAUCAAUCAUACAAAAACCAACGCAUGCAUAUAUGAUGUGGACUAUAUUCUAGAUAGCAUAAGUAAAACAUCAAAAGACUACAAA